AUGGUGGCAACGGCACAGCGGAUAAUUCCAGCGUCAUGCUUCCUCCUGGUGCAUGUCGUGGUGCCCCAAGUCUCGAAGGCUGAAUCGGGCCCCCCUGUGUCCUGCAGCCCACUGUGCUCCAAUGGGGACCAGCCAGCUUUGGGUCGGGUGGAGUCCUUGGAAGCUUUGGCCCAGCUGCAUGACACGAUUCUUCGAAGGGACUGGCCCAGUGCUGUCUUCGAAGCAGGGUUUAGCCUUGAGCUGAGAGCUUUCGUUGUGGCAUUGAAAGAGCUUUCCGAUGCGAACGCAGCUCCCGUCACAUGCGAGGCAUCGCAUUGCAGCAGCAUCACGCUACUGGAUGCUCUUCGUUUAUCUCUGCAAGAGUGCAGUUUUGUGCCGACAGGAUCUUCGGCACUGUUCCUGUUGCAUUCGCCCUCUGACGAUGUCUGCUGUGGGGCACUGCGCGCAGCAGCUUACGUAGCCAGCGCAGAGGCACUGAGUCAGGCCAGUUCUGCCCGCCUUGCUGGAUCUCGGUCUGAAGCGGAGACAUUCUUCCGGAAGGGGCAAGAGAUGUACAUAAGUUGGCUUCAGUGGCUACAACACCACCAUAGACACGAAGCAGCAGCACUUCUGCUCGAGGCAUUCCUUGCACCCGGAACACUCGAGCUGUUUCAGAUACUUGGCCGAAGCACCUGUUCAUACUCACAGCGACAGCAAGGUCUGUCAAUUGGCUGCCCACAUUCCAAGGCUUUGCAGGACAUAACUCGAAGAUGGAUGGCUUCCUUCGGCGACUCGUUCAGCUGCCGAGCAUGGCUGGAGCACAUGAAGUCAGAAUCCCUCUUGGCAGUGGAGUUCUCCACUCCCGAAGCGCUUGAACGUGUCUGCCUCAUGGAUGCUCUCACGGCCUUGGACUCUGCAUGUGCAGAUGGCAUCAAGGCUAAAGCUCUGCUAUUGCCGACGGAAGGAGAGCCAAGGAUUCGAUGGGCCAUGUCGCGUGAAUGGAGUCCUCGGAUCAGCUUCGAUGCAGCUCCGCUGCAGCACCUGGGGGAUGAUUGCGAAAUCCCCAUCAUGAUGCUGGAUGUGCCGCCCGGGAAGCAAAUGAGAAUUCUCCAGAGCAUGGGCCAGUUGCUGAGCCAAGGACGUGUUUUCGGGAUUCUUACUCGCCUGUACAAUCCUCAUCAUUGGCCGGCUGCAGAUGAUCCGCUGACUGUCUAUGAGUUUUUGGUUUGGCAUGGCUAUCUCCCCGGGCCGCUUGACGAUCCGGAAAGCACUUACACUGCCGUCGGGACAGUUCAGCUUGAGGUAGCGACGGCCGGGGCAGCCACCGACAUUCCCAUCAUCGCUCUGCCAAGGCAGCUCAGGCCUGCUCCGCGUUCUGCUUCGCAUCCCGAGGUUGCGGAUGCCUUUACGUCGGCGCUCCGAAGAAGUUGUGUAGCAGCGCAAGACCACCGCCCCAAUAGUUGGGUGGAGGUAGACGUAGAAGAAGUCCUGAAGAGGGCGCGGCGACUCGCAGUCCGAGUGUCCUUACCCAAUGCCAAGCCAACUCAAUCUCGACGCCUCAGUGCCAUGUUGGCCUCGGACGCCUUUAAUCACGACGUCCUUCUGGCGGGCUUGUCCCUGGCUUCCUCACCAUAUGUGGCUGCCUUGUUUGUGGAGAGCAUGGAGCUAGCGCUUCAUUUGACCAAGAACUUGGCUUUGGUCAGAACGAGGCCCAAACGACAGCCACAGGUGGUGCUUUUGCACCAACCUCCACCGAGCAAUCUAUGUAGCUUGGUGGAACAAGGCGUCGCCAUCGCGGUGCAGUCGUUCCGGUGGCUCCGGGAUAGCAACCGAUGUGAGCGUCCAGUGCAGAUCCACCUGGAAGUUGAUACCGGAAUUGGGCGAACGGGCUUGAGGCCUGGGAUUGCCAUGGCCGCGGUCUACUUCGUUUUGCAGCGCCCAAAUCGGUUCCUACUCCGAGGCAUCUACACCAAGCUUUGCUGUAUCAGGGACCUGGCUCUGACAGGAAAGGCCUUGAGACAGAUGUCUCGGAUGGAGGUUCGCGCGCAGGCAGUCUCUCAUGGAUCCGGCAGGGCCCGCCACUUCGCAGUUCAAGUCGGUGGCGGGCUGGCAAGAUCGGAGGCUGCUCCUGUCGUUGCUGCUCUCCCACCGAGCUGGUGGAUACGAGUUGGCCAGGGUCUUUUCGGCGAUCCGGCUCUUGGCAACCAUGCGCCGCUGGCCAUGACGUGGAAGACCUCGGUGUCAAGCACCGGCUGGCUGCCUGAGAACACGCGCCUGGGCUACUGCCCACAGGGCGCAGACUGCGAUGCGAACAGAAGCAAAUUGCUGACAGGAACGUAUGCAGCGAUCCUGCCGGUGGGCUUUGCGGAGUUCCAUGGAGCAGCGGUGUGGAGCCGCAGCGGGCUAAAGCUUCCUGUGUUGAACUCGGCUGCGAGCACGACGAGCGUGGAGUCCCCGGAGCAGGCGCCUCUGAAAAUUGGAGAAGAGGUGACGCUGUGUUCCAACUGUCCGUUAAACACCAUCCCUUGGAGCAUACCGCGGUUUCCCAAGACGGAUGCGCAGACCUUCAUCACGUGUUCCCCAGUGGUCUGGUAG